CAUGAUGACGUCACGUAACGUCAGGUGAUUUGAGCCCUAGGUGAGGUUUCACUUCAGAAAGGACAGCCGCCUGGACUUGUGAAGAAGUGGUGCUCGCCCCUUGUCACAAAGUCAAGAUGCUGUGGAUUCUUGUUGUGGCUUCGCUUCUGGACCCGUCAAAUGCUGAGUGUAACCAGAAGUAUGUGGUCAAAACUGGCCAGGCCAUUGAUGUGGUGUCCUACAGUUAUCCUUACAACUUUACCAGACACGUCCACUGCUUUUAUGAUUUCAUCACGGAAUUUAACUCGGGGAACAUCAUUCACGUCAAAGUGCAGGAGGUCAACUUGUCCUGCGAGGAGCAGACGACCAGCCUGGAAGUUUAUGAUGCGUUCCGAACAAGUCCAAAGCUCUUGGGUAGGAUAUGUCAAGGUAACCCGAUGAUAUUCGUCAGCCCCAAAGAGAGGCUGUACCUGGUCUUCAAGUCGUCGGGAGCUGGAAGUAGUGGCUUCAAGUUAAGGGUGGAAGCAGUACCAGAGUUUACUCAUUGCUACAAGGAGAAGACAAAAGUUGUGAACGCUCAUCAACAUUCACAAGUCAUUGUCUCCCCUUACUACCCUGUUGAUGUGGCAACGAGUGUCAACUGUAAAUGGUUGAUCAAGGCACCCCCAGGUCAUACGGUCAUCUUGGAUAUACUGGACGCCAAGAUGAGAGGAUCUCAUGAUUGCACCAGUUUCGGUCUAUACAUAUACGAUGGGAAGACGAAUUACGACGACGAAAGAAUAGCCAAAAUAUGCGAUCAGGUGACCACCACGAGUUUCACGAGCACUUCCGUUUACAUGACUGUGGUGUUCACUUCCGGUCCGAACGUGCUGCACGCUGGCGGCGGAGUCAAGUUGGCUUUUAGAACUUCAUAUGUUGAAGACGAAACGGAGAAAGAUUACAGUUUAUUGUUCAUAUUGAUUGGGGUCUUGCUUGGAGUGGCCUCAUACACUGUAUUUAUGGUCAUCUUAAGGUAUGUUGUGGUUCCAGCUCGAAGGAAGGGCUUGACCAGGCAAUGUGGUCAUGAUCGUUCAGCGUCAUUAACGCCUCUUCGCUCCGUGUCCGUCACGUCAUCCAUCAUCGAGCCCCCUCCGCCCUACCGUGCUACGGAGGACCUCCACCACAACAUACGCGGGAUCAUCGGAGGCAUAUCCCGCCAGCUUCGCAAUCUGUUCAGGCCUGCACGUCCGUCUUCCCAUCCAGACGAGGGAGUGGUUAACUCGGCGUUUGACUAUCACGCAGGUGAACAGUACACAUCCGCGGCUGCCUCCCCCGGAUUUGUUGUUAGCUCAGUGGGCAGCAAUGUUGCUCUGGAACAUAUAAAGAUGAACGAUCUGGUUACGAAUGACUACAGGGAGCUGCCUCAGAUUCCCAGAACGCCUUCUGCCAAUGCAGGAGAUUCCGAAAACCUGUAUGAUACACUCUCCAGCGUUAGUCCCUACACGGACGCAAGUAAUUACGCGGAGUGCUACCAGCCUGUAGAAGAUUGUACAGGAAUAGGAAUUUCGGAAACAGAAAUCAGCAGUGACUCCUGCAAUUUACACAGAGACAUUAGCAACAGCGCUUUGGAAACAGCUGGAUACGAAAUACCAAAUACGUUUGCUUCCCCUUCGGGAGAAUACGACACAACAGACAAUGACAACUCCCGCCUUUCCACUCAGACAAGCGUUGAUGAGGCGGAUAAAUUGGAUGCUAAUAGCUAUCACGAUAAGAUGAGGCCUGGAAAUAGCUCAGUUGAGCAAGCAAUGGCCAAUGACGGCUAUGAAGUUCCGACAGAUCAGUCUUACAGUAUCGAAGGUAAUGAAAAUGAACCUGAAUCAACUUAUCAAACAGUAGGUGAAAGCGCUAAAGGCUCCGACAAUUAACGAAAUGAUAGCUCUUUGACAUUGGAAUUCUGAUCAUGUGCAUAUUUGUACUCUUCUUUGCGAGAGGGAAUAGUGUAUUACAUAAAGAGAGACGAAAAAAAGAGAGUUAGAGAGAGAGAGAGAACGAAAGAGAAAAAGUAAAAAUGAUGAAGAACAUUAAUGAAUGAAUGAAAGAAAAUGUUAAAUAGUAAAUGUUCUAACAAUGAAAACAAGAAAAUAAAAAAUUAUUUUUUUUUUA